AAUUAACUUUCUCCUGUAAUUAUGAUAAGGUGAAGUUUAGAUUUUAAUAUAAUCUUAAAAAUGGUAGGAAGGGUAUUCUGGUAUCAUCCAGUCAUUAAGGCUUUUUAUUUCUAUGGUUUCGCUAAAGAUAAUGACGUAUACAUCAAAGUAAUGUAGUUAUUGACAUUUUCACCGUUUAGAUUUUCGAUAAUUCUUACAAAAUUACAUUUAUAUUUUUUCGCCAUGGAAUCCGAACGCACAAACAAAAGUACUAAUAUGAGCCCCAGACAUAAGAGCACACCAAGACCUCCUACCAGACGACAUCCAUUUGAAAUGCCACGAGACAUUAAGAUCCGUUCAAUGUCUGCAAUUGUUACCAGCAGGAAAGAUUUGAACAAACCAGUAGGCAGAAGACCCUUCAAAUCAAAAAUAAUUGAAAAUAUUCUUAAAUAUGUUGAAGAAAUUAAUAAUGAAUUGAUACGUGACAGUGAGAACAUUAAAUCAGACGAUGACACUAACAUAAUUUAUAAAGGUUUUAUUACUAACGUUUUACUGGAUAUUGCACAGAAGCAAAUAUGUACUAUUGAAAAAAUGUACCUGGUAUUUUUUCAGCACAUUGAAGCUAACAAAAUGUUGGAUCUGGCCAAAAUGCUAGACGAAAUGAGAAACUUUUGUGCUGCCAUUGGACUGCCAUUCGAACACAAGUUAUAUAAUUUAGUAUAUUUACCCAAUUCCGGCUAUGAUAGUAAUAUGAAUAUUGGGGAUUGUAAAGUUCUGUCACGCAGAACCAGUCUGUCAAGAGUGACCGAGCACACCGAGCCCGAAUCACCGGAAAAAAAUGAACCCUCCAACCUGAAAAUCAUUGUGCCGUCUCCAAUAUCCAGCUUUUCGAGUAUUGAAGAACUACCAGGUUUUCAGUCCCUUCAAAAUGACAACUACUCACGAAUAAUGAACAAUGAAACCAAAAACACAACCCCCAGUCCCUGGACGAAUAUUUUUAAAAACAAAAAAGUCGUCAGUCAAACAGAACCAGAUAGUAAAAUAUCGGGAAAGCUCUGCGAAUGUUCGGAUAAACCGGUCAUUAAAAUUAAUCUGAAAGGAGUACAUCUGAACGACGAUGAUUUUAUUUUACUCCACUGUCCGGUCUACAUUCCCAAAUUAAUUUUGGAGAAGAGCGUGGGCAAGAAGCACCUUAAGCGGAAACAUAUUGCAGCAGUGGACACCAUUAGAAUUGAUGCAAGCGUAUCAAAAAUUGGCAUUGAAAAAUCUGGAAAGAAACGUGAAUUAUAAGAUUGUACACUCAUAUUUAAACCAAUACAGAAUUCUGGGCCAAACCAAUUUAAUAUUAAAAUUAGAAGUAAUAAAAUGAAUGGAAAUUA